AUGUACAUUUGCAAGGUUUCAAGCUAUGGAAAAGUAAUACGAAUUGGCUACAGGCUACUCUCCACCCGAUCUGGCGGCGUUCUAGUAGUCUCUAUUGGAAACCCAGAACCCCAAUACAAGGAUACAAGGCAUAACGUUGGUCAUUGGAUAAUUAAUGAAUUGCAUAGAAAUAAUGUUCCAAUUGAAUACGGGCCGUGGGCAGAUGACAAGACAUUCGGUGGAGAGAUUAGCACUUCUAGUGAUGGGAAUGUCGUCUUGGCAAGGUCAAUUGGUUCUUAUAUGAAUACCCAAGGAAAACCAGUUUCUAAAAUAACUCAACGAUAUGGAAAAGACAAGACCUUGUUGGUUGUACACGAUGAGCUACAAAAAGAUCUUGGAAAAUUACAGCUUCGUGGACCAGGUACAAGUGCUAGAGGACACAAUGGGCUAAAGUCAAUUGAUAGUGCCAUGGGGAACAAAUAUACCAAACUCUCAGUGGGUAUUGGACGACCAAAUAAAGGUCAAAAGGAGGUAUCAGACUACGUAUUGUCAAAGUUUACCACAAGUGAAAGAGCUGAGCUCGAAAAAGUCUUAGAGAAGGCUUCUGUGCUUGUCAGCCAAGUGAUAAACGAUAGCAUAAAUCACAAGUGA